AUGACAAAAAUAGUCACUAUAUUAUUACGUGACUCUGUUAAAGUUGAAAUCUUAAAAGAUUUAUCUAUUGAACGACGACAAAAAUUAGAACAAACAUUGAAACUUUAUCGUUUAAAUAAAGAAAUUGAUGAUCUUGAAAAAUGGAUAUCUCAUAGAGAAUCGAUAGCUGGUGCACAUGAAUCAGGACAAGAUUUUGAAUAUGUAUCUAUGUUACUUGAUCGUUUUGUUGCAUUUGAACAAGAAACACAACAAAUAGGUAAUGAACGUUUACAAUAUGCUAAUAAUAUGAUUGAUAAUUUAAUAUCAAAUGGUCAUAUUGAUUCAGCACAAAUAGCUGAAUUAAAAGAUUCAUUAGAUGAAUCAUAUCAAGAUCUAUUAGAAUUAAUUGAAACACGUUUGCUAGCAUUAAAAACAUCAUGGGAAUUACACAAAUUUUUACAUGAUUGUAAAGAAAUAUUAUUAACUAUGGAAGAACAUACAAAUUCAGUACCAGAUGAAAUUGGUCGUGAUCAACAAAGUGUACAACAAUUAUUAUCUAGAGAUUUGCAAUUAUGGAUGAAUGGUAUAAUUAGACAUAUGAAUAAUAGUGAUAAACCACAUGAUGUUAGUGGAGUAGAUUUAUUAAUGAAUAAUCAUCAAAGUUUAAAAGCAGAAAUUGAUUCUAGACAAGAAAAUUUUAUUAUGUGUAUUAAUCUAGGUAAAGAUUUAAUUAAUCGUCAACAUGUACGUUCAUCUGAAGUAAAAGAAAAAUGUAUACAAUUAUCUAUGUUACGUGAUAAUGUUGAUGAUACGUGGAAGGAACGUUGGAAAUAUAUGCAACUUAUUUUAGGACAACUUGGUGAAACAUUAGAUCAAGUACAAAAUCUAAUAAAACGUCAUGAACAAUUUGAAAAAUCUUUAUUAACACAAGAAGAUCGUUUUAACGCUUUGCGUAAGGUGACAACAUUAGAAAAAAAACGACAAUUACCAUUCGUUCAACCUCGUCAAAGUCGUUUAUCAAUUUAUUUAGAAGAAUUUAAAACAUGGGAAGAACGCAAUGCUGAACGACCAUCAACAUUAACAGAUAGAACAAAAUAUCAAUCAAUUAUAACAGAAGAAAAAACAACAUCUGAUGGUGAUAGUGAUCGUUCAACAACAUUGCCAGGUAAACAACAAUCUAGUCAAGAUUUAGAAUCAACAAUUAAUAAACAACGACAAUCAGAAUCAGCAACACGUUUACUAACAAUAAAGGAAGGCUUCUUAUCACCGUUACUUAGCAAUCGUUUAACAUUUUAUAAAGAUGCUAUAGAUUUAAAAGCAGGUCGUGCAAUAACAGAUGAUGUUCAAUUAGAGUCAUCAACUAAUGUUGCACCAGCAAUAGAUUAUCGAAAAAAAACCAAAUGUAUUUCGUUUAAAAUUUCAAAAUGUUUUUGGAAAAAAUCUGCCGCUGCCGCGCCGCCACCGCCACGGCGGCAGCGGCAGCGGCAGCGCCGCGAUGGACAUCUCUGCCAUAUCCUUGCUGAAUAUGGUUUGUUGGAUGCUCUUGAUCUUAAUUAUGAUAUUUCUCGUAAAUAUACACCACCAUGUUAUGAUAAAGAACUUCAAGGUCUUGUUGAUGGUAGUGGUGUAUCAUAUAAAGAUAUUCGUCGAUUUAAUCUACUUCGAGAAUUAAUCAAAGCUGCAUGCAGUGUAUUAGGAGCAUGGGAUUGGGAUGAAAAAUCUCCAAUAGCUAAAUAUGCAAUAGUAACUAUCUAUCAUCCAAAUGCAUCUUAUGUUUUUGGUAAUUUUGGUUAUGCUGGUCUUAUUGGAUCAGUUGGAGCUUAUAAUAUAACUUCACGUUUUGGUAAUCCAUGGACAUAUGUUCUUCGAGAUGUAGUUCAAUUUUCAAAUUCACUUGAUACUGCUUUAACUAUGCUUAUUAAUACAAAACGAACUUGUUCAGUUCAUCUUGGUCUUGGAGAAUUUCAUCGAAAUACUUCAAAUAAUAAUAAUAUUGGAUUUCUUGCUUAUCUUGCAUAUAGUGCACCGGAUGAUCCACAUGGACCAAUUGAAGCUUUUUAUUGUGUUCAUACGCGACUUGAUAUGAUGAAAUUAUUUGCUGAACUUUCAUCAAAAAUUGAAAAUUUCAAAUAA